GACUCCGUAAUCCUUAGCAACCAAUCACCGUUUUGCCCGACGGGUGCGUUUGUUUUAAUCUUCCUUUCGUCCCUAUGUGGACACCGCAACAAAGCUAAUGUUUUGGCACCCCGUCCCAAUUCGACGUGUAUGCUGAUCGGCACGCGCGCAGAACGAAAUCUGACGCACAAGUCUUCGUGACAGCAUCUGGGGUUUUGCGCGUUGUUAGCUAGAAAACUGUUCACCCCGCCUGCGCCUAGUAACAGGGAGACUGCGAAGCCUUGACGACACCACUAACUAACUGCUUUGUUUCUUAAAUAAACUGUCCGAGUUUGACAAAUAUUUAACAACCAAUGCAGGCGACUACUGCCAAGAGGCCAGCCCUGCAGGGUCCGGUUCCUCCUCCACGCAAGAAGACGACUCCCAAAGCAGAACUGACUGAGGAGCAGAAGCAGGAGAUCAGGGAAGCCUUUGAGCUGUUCGACACCGAUGGCUCUGGGUUCAUUGAUGUAAAAGAUCUUAAGGUGGCAAUGAGAGCUUUGGGGUUUGAGCCAAAGAAAGAGGAGAUCAAGAAGAUGAUCGGUGAAGUGGAUAAGGACGCCACUGGAAAGAUUUCCUUUGCUGACUUCCUCACUGUCAUGACACAGAAAAUGGCCGAGAAGGACUCCAAGGAGGAGAUUCUGAAAGCUUUCCGCCUGUUUGAUGACGAUGAGACCGGAAAGAUUUCAUUUAGGAACCUCAAGAGAGUCGCAAAGGAGCUUGGAGAGAACCUGACGGAUGAGGAGCUACAGGAAAUGAUCGAUGAAGCAGACCGGGAUGGAGACGGAGAGGUCAACCAGGAAGAGUUUCUUCGCAUCAUGAAGAAAACCUGUCUGUACUGAGGGAAGUUGGGGACAUCAGAGGCCGGCCGUGCAGAGUCAAGGGGACCAGCUGCUCUCAUGUUCCUCUAGAGAACCUCUAUUAUCGUGUUGUGCCACACACCUUUACUUGGUGAAAAUCAAUCAAACCAUUCUUCCCUCCCUAAAAUUAAGUGUCUGACUGCUGUCAUUUUAUCGUUGACUUUUUAUUUGCCGAUGCAAAGUGUCCUGUUUGGAAUGCUGCAGACUUUUAUGAAGAAUAUAUAUCAAUGUUAAUGAUUCCAGGUAGCUUAUUUAUUCUUCAGUACUUCACAGUGCCUGAAAACUGAGUUCAUUCCCUUCUCCAAGUAUUUUUUUGGUCCUUUUUUUUUUUUUUCUCCAUUGAUGUUCCCCGGACACAGGUGAAGGUCUCCCUUUUGUGCCUCCUAACGGUCCGACCAUCACAAUCAGGAAAGUGGCCUCACAGGGCCCCUUCUGACCCGCCGCACACCUUUCUCACACGUCCGCCCUCCGUCUUUGAAAUAUGAUUGUCGUAUUUUUGCAUACUUAACCUUCUGUCGUACACAGUUUCUCUUCUCUGUCGCUGACUGGUUUGUAUUUUGUGACAGGAGCAGAACAGAUAAAAUAUAUUCAAGCAGUUCA